AUGACGGCGGAGGAGAUCAAGGCGAAGGAGUCGGAGGACGUCGAGGAUGUCUCCUCUUCGGAUUCGGAGGGCGAGCAGGAGGACAAGGGAGACGGGUCCGGGCGCGGGCGCCAGAGCCGAUCCGAGAAGAAGGCUAGGAAGGCGGUGCAGAAGCUCGGCAUGAAGCUGGUCCCGGACGUGGACCGCGUGGCCAUCCGCAAGAGCAAGAACAUCAUCUUCAACAUCCGGAAGCCCGACGUGUACCGCGCGCCGGGCAGCGACACGUACGUCAUCUUCGGCGAGGCCAAGAUCGAGGACAUGUCGGCGCUGCAGGCGCAGGCCCAGCUGGAGCAGUUCAAGCAGGCCCAGGCGCAGGCCGCGCAGGCCGUCCAGCCGUCGACGGACGCCGCGGCUGGCGAGGAGGACGACGGCGAGGCGGUGGACGAGUCCGGGCUGGACCCCAAGGACGUGGACCUCAUCGUGCAGCAGGCGGGCGUGUCGCGCGCCAAGGCGGUCGGGGCGCUGCGGAAGACGGACGGGGAUAUCGUGUCGGCGAUCAUGGAACUGACGAUGUAG